UCGGUUCUCUGGCCACAUAAAGUAAAAGCACUUUCCAAGGAGCUGGGUAUUAUAUGGACUUAGGGUGACUUCCAUGGAUAUCCCUAUCAUUGGUGUCAUCUCUGAACUCACCAGUCCAACAUCAGUAGAUCCAGCUUUUCCCUAGUCCGGCAAACUGAACGGUGAGGUAACUGAGACUUAAGCAUCGUGGAAAUUGUAAUCCUUCUCUAGAGAACACGGAUAUUGUCUUAAUAGACACUUGGUACUUCAUCCAAAAGCUGCCACUGUUUAUUUUUAUGUCUAUUAAUUCGCUUAUUUAUUUAAGCUAUAUCAUACAGUUUCUGGUCCUCUGCUAUAUUCGAAUGUAUCCGAAACGUCUUUUGUUGUCAUUAGCCUUAACAUCUUUUUCUGAAAGCUUUUGGUUCUAACAUCGCACUCUACUUUUAAAAAUAGCUCUAUAUCUAAGCUUAUUUCAAAACUCAUCAAAAUGGUGCACGUCAUACAGCUACUGUCUAGAGCACAUGUAAAACUGGCUACAAAUUUUCUAAUUUUAUCAAAGCUUGGUUAUCCCGCUCAAUCAUUAUUCAAUUUGGGUUAAAAAAAUUUUCACGUUUUAGUUGAAGAAACUCCUCAUCAGAAGAUGAAGAAGAAAUUUAGUAAUCGUAUACUUACAGUAUGUUAUAAAAUUGAUUGAAGCACCUCGUAAACGAGCGUGACUACUGAAAUUGAGCUUGCGACCCGUUGAUAGGGGGUCACAUCGCAUGUUUCAGAACAGCUUAAAAGAUCCACGUUUUAAUCAAGCAGCAAGCUAGACAUCGAGGUCGUAGAAAAAACUAUCCGAAGUUAUAGUGAUGCAUAAGGUCCACGUAAUCCUCAAUUACUUUGUGACUGCUAUCGUAAUCGCUCCUCCAGCAGACGCCUAUGUUCGCUUUACUGUGAAACCUGAUGACCCAAGCUAUGUUAGUAAAGGUCACAAUGUUAAACUGAUGUGGGACUACAAUCCCAACGAUCAACCGACAGCGAUUAUCUUCGGCGUGGCUGUUCAGCGGAGUACGCUUGUACCCUUGCUCGUAAAACAGAAUGGCAGUGUAAGAUUUUCCCGAUACAUACCAUCUGCCUACAAGGGAAGAGUAAAGUUGGAAGGAAGAGCUACUUUGGUCAUUAAGAACAUAACUUCUCGAGACAAUUUUGUCUUUUUUCAAUGUGCGCUUGUACCAGGUGGUCCAAGUAUUAUUCAACUCGUUUUGAUGGGUAUGUAUUCAAGCUUUAAGGUAUUUAAAAACGAUCUCAAAAAUUGACGCUCAUUUAAGAACGAUAAAAGUCAGUUCAGCUAGACUGCUAACAAUGAGAGCAUUUUUGUCACUCCGCUUGUGGUCUAUUCCUUAUCGUCAACGAACGAAAACGUCUCUUUCUACGACAAUCCAACAGGCAUAACAACGUAGACAUGGUAAGCAUGCAAGAGUUACUUUUUUGCAUAGGUGAGUUGCAAAUGAACGCUUAGUAACUGAUGUUUACAGUUUUGUUGAAAAAAAAAAAGCAUCUACUUUCAAAAGAUGUCAUUGGAAAGAAAGUUCAGACACUUAUUUUAGGGUCUAUUGCCACUGGUGUCUGAAUAAUUGUUACAGAAAUAAACUGCACUGGUGCCGCGCUUCCUGGAAACUCCUGCUUGCAGGCUGAGACUAUGCUUGCUGCAGUUCAAUCGUUGGAGACAUAAUCAAAACCAUACUCUUUGAGCUACUUCUUCAAAAAUAUUCUCCCACAUAAUUUUGCGGUGAGAAGCAAAUCGAAACUCUAUUUUAUCUCCAAUAGUUUGUAACCAAAUACAUUUUUGGGUUUCCAUUCUUUUACUAAGUGAUAAUGUGUUGACUGACCGUACCAUCAUGUUCCUUGUAAAAAUUUUGUCAGCGAGGCAGAACAUCAGAAAAAUUUGUGUUGUUCACUGGAAAAUGGCAUUUCAUCUGAGAACGUCUAGUCCAUAGUGGCGAUUAAAAUGGAAACAAGUAAUUGUGGGGGGAAAGUACCGUUUAAACACAGUAUAUUUUCCACGGGAAACUUCUAGAAGCAAAGAAACGGAUAUUUAACAUGCCAGUCGACACAGACAGUAAAUAUAUCUUGGCGGUCUUUUCAA